AUGGCGCCACCACCACCCAAGAAUCCUAUCUUGUCCACAUACCACCUCCGCUUCCUCCUCCUUGCGUCUGCCGCCACCUUCUCCGCCGCCUUUUCCUCCCACUCCUACUCCUCCGCCUCCCCCUCCCUGGCACCCGCUGUUUCCUCCCACUCCUACUCCUCCGCCUGCCCCUCUCUGCCACCCGCUGCCGACCGCCACACCGACGCCGACGACGCCCUUUCACUCACCCGCUCAUUCCAGAUAGAGAACGGCCACUUCUCCGCCGCCACGGACAGCCUCUUCUCCGUCGACGGUCACCUCCACGGCAGCUAUCGCUCCUUCUCCCUUUACCCCCGCCAUGUCCUGCGCACCACCGACCCGACUCUCGUCCACCUCAUCGCCGUCAUCAUCCUCAUCGGCCCCCGGAGCGGUGAUUACGCCGUCGUCGAGGCCGCCGAGUCCGUCUCCUUCGACCUCGACGGUUACUACUCCUUCGCCUCGCUCCAACUCUGCAUGGCAGGGGCGGGGGCAGAGCGCGCUGCCAACGGCCGUCCAAAGUACUACGAGGCCGUCGCCCUCAGCCUCCGCAUCCCUAGCCCUUUCAGCCUCACCGAUCCCUUCGUGACCGGCAGCCUAGAUGGAUCCUCCGACUUCGAGCCCAUCCAGCUGCUCGCGUACGCGGACGGCCACGGCCACGACUACAAGUACCGCGAGCGCUCCCCUUGCGACCCACCGGUGCAGCUAGCCAGGGGCUCGCUCCGGGCGCUCGGCGGCAGCUACGCGUGCGCCUACUUGAAAGAGCGGCUCGUGACCUCGUACAGGCUGCUGGAUCACGAGGGCGGCUCCCCGGCCAAGCUUCCCUGGAUGCACGUCAGCCAGAUGCAGUGCAACGAGGACGGCGCCCUGCGCGCCUACAUGGUGGUCUCCAACGACACCGGGUCCGUGAGGCGUGAGCACCGUCAGUUCUACCACCUCCUGGCCGAUGAGGAGGCGCUCGUGGCCGACGGGCACUGGGACCCGGCUCAGGACAUGUUCUGCCUUAGAGCGUGCUGGGUGGCGCCGUCAACCCUGGCGGUGCGCGAGUGCGGGAUCGGGAUGAGCUUCUGGUUUCCGGCCACAUGGACGGUCCAUGAGCGGAGCGUCGUGGCCGGCGUGCUCUGGAACUCGACUCAGGGGAGGACCAGCAGCCUCGACGCCGGAGCAAUCUCAGGUGUGAUGUCGGCCUUCAGCAUGGACGACCACAGAAGAAACAUCUCCGACGUGCAGUACAAGUACAACGACACGAUGCUUGAGGUGGCCAAGAAACACUAUCUGAAGAUCAGCAAGGAGGAGAAGAUCAAGGGGUCCUUCCCAGUCCCGGGUAAACAUACCACUUACCAUGACUUGAGCCUCCGGUUCUGGAUGUUCGGGGCGAACAUUAACGCGGUUACCGUGAGGGGGGACGCCUACCCAGUCACGAUCGGCUCGGUGAUGACAGGAGAGGAAAUGCUCAUGACCACCCAGGUCGACACGAAGCACCUGCACGAUCCGCUGAACGUCAGCUACGACAUACACUAUUAUGCUCCACUGGGCAAUUCCUACUCGUAUAGUAGCCAGAAGGAAGAGCGAAGAAUCUCGGCCGAGGGCGUUUACGAUCCCAAGAAGGGCGUCCUGUGCAUGGUCGGCUGCGAACAGCGCGACGGCUCCAUGGACUGUCAGAUGCUGAUCACCGUGCAGUUCACCUCCCUGGAGGACAGGGCGGGGGGACUCGGUGGCGGCGGCGGAGCAAUCAGCAGCCUCAGGGACAGGUCCGACCGUCUUUUCUUCGAGAGGAAAAACAUCACUCUGUACGGGAUGUACGCAGAACAAGUGCCCGAGGCGAUAUCGAGGAUGGACUUGGAGAGCAUCAUGGUGGUGGCCUCCGUGACGCUGUCCUGCGUCUUCACCGCCCUGCAGAUCCUCCACGUCAAGAAGAACCCCGAGGCCGCUGCGGCAACGUCCAUCACCAUGCUCACCAUCCUCACCUUGGGGCACCUCACCCCUCUCGUGCUCAAUUUUGAGGUCAUUUUCCCUAGCAGGAGGAGCCAGUACGACCUGUACUCCACGGACGGGUCACUUGAGCUGAAUCAAGUGAUGAUGAAGGUGCCUACGCUGAUCGCCUUCGUGCUGCAGCUACGCCUUCUUCAGCUGGUGGUGGCUGGCCAUCUGAGCUCGGCCAACCAGAGUGAACCAGCGACCUCCGUGUCAGAGAAGACCGUGCUGCAGAUAUGCCUGCCACUGUACCUACUCGGAGGAGUCCUGGCCACGGUCGUCCACAUGAUCAAUGUCCGCUCCGAGGAGAAGUCACUGGUUGUUCGCAUCGGCGGAGAGGCGGCCACGCUCUGGGACGAGCUCUUGUCGUAUGCAGGGCUGGUACUAGACGGCUUCCUGCUCCCUCAGGUCAUCCUGAACGCGUCCUUGUCAAGCUCCAGAGUUCGAGCGAUUUCGCCGUGGUUUUACAUGGGGGGCACCAUGAUCCGCGUGGUGCCUCACGUGUAUGAUGUGGUCAGAAUGCAGAUCUACGCGCCGAGUAUGAGGCCCUCUGACAUAUACGCGAGCCCUGGCGGCGACCUCUUUGGUGUAGCGUGGGAUGUACUUAUAUUCUGUGGAGCGGCGUUGUUGGCAUCGCUCUUGUUCUUGCAGCAACGGCUUGGAUCCAGCACCUUAUCGCUUCCUUGGCAGAGGAGAUCGGGCGGAUGUGAGAUGGUCUCUCACAUCUAA